UAAACAGAAGAUAAACAUUUACCCGACAAAACAACGGAUAACCCUCUUGUCACACCUCUCCGCAUCGGGACAACCGGAUUACAAAUUCUUCUAAAACGUUUUUCUUCACACAAAACCAGGAGACAAGACAUUGUCACAAAGUUUAAUGCCCAAAGACCUGCAUUUCGGCGAGGAUAAAGAACUCAAGAUCACCCCGCUCGUGGCUUUCGCAGCGUUGACAGGCUAAGGAAAUGGCAAAGUAUCAACCUGAGGGGGUUUAAGCCCCCCCCCCAUCUUCCCUCAAGCAAAUGCCUCAUUCUCUUCAUCGCCUCAUGGACCUUGAGACCUGUAGAGGGCGGAGCUUUUGAUUGGACGUCUCAUCCAUCCAUCUCUGGGGACACAAUUGGCAGCGGGUGGGAGACAUCAGCAGGUCUGCGCCAUGCCGUGCUGAAAAGCCUUCAACAGACCCUCCCCAUCCUCCCCUCAUCAGCCACUCGAGAUGAGCAGCUCCGCGGCCACCCCGCGGCCCCUCCAGGUGGCCACGCUGUCCACCUUCCUCCUCCUCCUCGUCCUCUGUCAUCAACCCCUGGCCUUGGCGUCGCCCUCCCCUUUCCCCAAGGACCUGGCGCCCCUCAACGUGGUGGGCCCGGAGCAGUCCUACCUCUACCCAGGCUUCCAGGGGCUGACCUCGGAUAACAAUACAGUGCGACUGGGCCUGGACUUCCAGCGGAUGCUGCGCAUUAACCACAUGCUCUACAUCGCAGCCAGAGACCAUGUUUUUGCAGUGAACCUCACCACCACCACAGAGCAGAUCGUCCCUCAGCAGCAGCUGACAUGGAGGUCGAAGGAUGUGAAGAUGUGUGCGGUGCGCGGGAGAAACAGCGACGAGUGCUAUAAUUACAUCAAAGUCUUGGUGCCCCGGAACGACGAGACUUUGUUUGCAUGCGGCACCAAUGCCUUCAACCCCGGCUGUCGCAAUUACAAGAUGGACACUCUGGAGCAGGUGGGAGAGGAGCUGGUGGGUCAGGCCCGCUGCCCGUUCGAGUCCCACCAGUCCAACGUGGGCAUUUUUGCAGGGGGGAACUUCUACUCAGCCACCAUGACUGACUUUCUGGCCAGCGACGCGGUCAUCUACCGCAGUCUUGGAGGAGAGGGCAGUCCGGUCCUCCGAACGGUCAAGUACGAUUCCAAGUGGCUCCGAGAACCUCGCUUCCUCCAUGCCAUUGAGUAUGGCAACUAUGUUUACUUCUUCUUCAGCGAGAUCGCAGUGGAGUACACCUCCCUUGGCAAGGUGGUGUUCUCGCGGGUGGCACGCGUGUGUAAGAACGACGGCGGUGGCUCACCACGGGUGCUAGACCGCUACUGGACGUCCUUCCUGAAGGCGCGGCUCAACUGCUCGCUGCCCGGGGACUCCUUCUUCUACUUCGACGUCAUGCAGUCACUGAGCAACGUGCUGCAGAUCAACCAGCGGCCAGCCGUCAUCGGCGUCUUCACCACACAGAUGAACAGUAUACCCGGCUCAGCUGUUUGUGCAUUCUACAUGGACGACAUCGAGAGGACCUUUAAUGGGAAGUUCAAGGAGCAGAAGACCAGCGAGUCAGCCUGGACACCAGUGGCCGAGGAACAGGUGCCCAAACCCAGGCCUGGCUCAUGUGCGGGAGACGGCCCUGCGGCCGCCUACACCUCGUCCACCAGCUUCCCCGACGACAUGCUGACCUUCAUCAAGUCUUACCCGCUGAUGGACGAGGCCGUGCCCUCGGUGGGUGAGCGGCCACUCUUCGUCCGCUCCGCCAGCAGGUACAAGUUGACCCAGAUGGCGGUGGACACAUCUGCUGGGCCUUAUAAGAACCGCACCGUGCUGUUCCUCGCCUCCGAGGACGGACACGUUCUCAAGGUCUUAGCGAGCACCGACCCCAAUGCCACCUCUGGCUCCACACUCCUGGAGGACAUUGAUGUGUAUAACCCCUCCAAAUGUGAUGUCCAAGGGGACGACAGGAGGGUCCUGGGGCUUGAGCUGGAUAAGGAGCACCACGCCCUGUUCGUGGCCUUCUCCACCUGUGUCAUCCGAGUACCCCUCAGCCGCUGCAGGAACUACGGCACCUGCAAGAGGAGCUGUCUGGCCUCCCAGGACCCCUACUGCGUUUGGCUGAAGACGGGGAGCUGUGCCAGUGUGACGCCUGGCUUUAAGGCUGGAUUUGAGCAGGACAUCGAGGGCGACCACUCAAAGUACCCCGACACCUGUCACAAUGUGUUGGCUACUACUCGAAAUCAGAACUCCGCAGCAGACUCGGCUUAUGGUGUCAAGGGAGCCCCGGAGAUGGAUAAGGCCAGCCACAGUGUCCACUACACCCUCCUGAUCGCGUGCGUCCUGGUGGCCUUCGUGCUCGGCGCCUUCCUCUCGGCCUUUGUGGUCUCCUGCUACUGCAGCCACAGUGCCCACCGCCACGGCCAGCAGCGCAGCAGCAGCAGCAGCACUCACCAGCAGCAGCAGCAGCACUCGCACCCGCCCUCGCACCCGCAGCUUCAGCAGCAGCAGCACUCGCACCACCAGCAGCAGCAGCAGCAGCAGCUCCAGCAGCUGCAGCCCGUGCCGGAGCGGUCAGUGUCCCGGCAGCCGUCGCAGCGGCAGUCCCUGAUCCGUAUGGGCAGCAGUGCGGGAGCCGGGGGCGCCAUCCCCCGCCAGCGCAGCAGCAUGAGCCAGUGGCCGGCGGCGCAGCAGCGGCUAGUGCGGGUCAGCUCGGGUUCAGGCGGCGGCUACGAGAUUGGGGAGGCGAGCCGGCCGCUCAUCCCCAGCGCAGGUGGUGGAGGCGGCGGUACCUGCCUGACACGGCAGCACAGCUACAGCGAGCCGCCUCACAUGCACCGCGCUGCCAUGGUGAGGCGCACGGCCUCGCUCAAGCCCCAACUGCCGCCCAAACCCCUCCUGCUACCCGCCUCGUCGCCCCUCGGCCAGCAGGGCAAGUUCAACUACUGACCGCCCCCCACUCCCCCCUCCUCAAGGACCAACCUAGCGUCCUCUCCUCUCCCCCCUUCUGUCCAAGGAUGCACACCACGGAGCUGUACAGAAAUUAAUGGUUGACUCUCGCUCCAGUGCAAUCCUCACACUGACUGAUCCUCUGGGACUCCGAGUCAUGCUUGGCAGAGAGAAGAGAGACACUCCAAAGCAUCUCUCCCUUAUGGCAGCUUGGCCAACGACCAAGAUGUCUCUGCGCUAUGAAGGAGAUUCAAGCCCCUGUCAGUGCUUAACCUGCAAGAAAUUUUUUUUUUUUUUUUUGUACCAUAUUGGUAUUGGUUAUCACAGUCCACACCGAGGAUCAGGAUCAGGGACGGAAGGUCACACACAGAUCAAGGCGCUGUGCUAAGUCGGGCGUUGCGCUCAUUGGUCGUCUUUCCCAAGAGGCCCUGGAAUGUAAAACCACAACCUUUGCGUCCUCUUGGGCUAUUGUCUAAUGCUAAGCAGCAGACGAGACCACAUUCGGAAUCAGUACACAGCCACUGUCACGGUUCCUUGUGCAACUUUGUUACACACUGCAUACUGCAUAUGUGUAAAGACGAGAGUAUACUGAAUGUGUGAGAAGUACAACGACAUCAGUCCAUGUGCAUUAACUCUACAAAGCAGCUGUGUAAGCGUUGAACAAGUGGACUUGCUGUCAUGGAGGAAGGAAGACCCUCAGAAAUGCCCGUCCAGCCACAGAUAGACUCUUUCGAUGGUAUUCAGCAAUAACCCAGCAACCGAUGACCAACACACAUCCACAACCUCUCAAUCCUGCAGUCACAUGCCUUCAAGAGAGGCUCCUAAAAGUUAAUAACUGUAAUCUAACCAGAACAGUUGGGAUGGUAAUGCCAGCUGGACAGAGUGGGUCUUCACCAUGGUGCUUUGUCAGUGCAGGCCCAGCUUCAGUCAGUUUGCAGUAGUACACAGAGAAAGCUUGAGAAAGAGAGAGGGAGGUUUUCCUUUGAAUUUGGUCUGUGCAGAUAGCAGUAGAGCACAGCUCAUGACGACCUGGGUAAGAAACCGCCCCCUCCCCAAGCUAUUGUUGCUCAUGGUUAUGUGCACAGUUGGCUGAAGUUCCCUACACUCUGCUCUUGUAGAGGUACCACAGUACCCCCUGGUGGACUGAAACCGCAACACAGCCCAGUACAGCAACACGCUAGAAGUUUUGCCUGUGUUACACCCCUAGUCAUAACUGUACCAUUGCUAUAUAUUUUGUGAACAAAUAGUGUACAUAAAGAUUCUGUGUAAUAACUACUAGCCAAACAUUUCUGUAUGUGUAAAUGUGUGCCUUAUUUAAUAUUAUGUGAUAAUGGAAAAGGGCAAUGAGUAUGUGUUUGCAUAAUGGGCACUGCUAUGUUUUCUUAGUCCUCUCCUCUCCUCCCCAAAUUCCCAAAGCAGUGUGUUAAGGCUGUUGUGUUAGCACUUUAUAUGACACCAUCUUAGAAUAUUACACCUGCAAAAUGUUGACCAACAAUGUAGGGGUAUGAUGUGAGCAUUCAGGGCAGUGUUGGUCUGAGUCGGAAUGCAUGAGUUCAAGUAUUGAGGUGUUCAACGAAGUGAAACCACAGUUCAUUUUAAAGUUUCAUUCUAUACAGUGUUGUCCCCUUGUCUUAUUCCCAUUUAGUAUUUUAUGUUUAUAUUGUUUGUAAAAAAAAUCCACUUAGUCACAAAGGAAACCAAUAGCAUGCACAGGGGUGUAGUCCACACUGGUAUUGAAAAAUGGUCAUAAAGUCGUCAUAUUAAAAGAAAA